AUGCUAUCUGCCUUGAGCCGCUCGAGUGCUAAGGCCAUAUGUUCUCCAUGGCAUCAUCUUCCGCGUUCGCGUCGUCAGAUGCUAUCUCCCUGCUUAUCCUUGCGCGGAAGUCUAAAAACAAAGGCAGACUAUGAAGACUUCUUCCGCUAUACCAGUGGCCGCUGGCUAUGGGAUGAGGAGCAACAAAUGAGAGCCAGAUAUAAGGUCUUUAAUGUGGCUGAGCUUCAAAAAGCUGCUGCCAAAGCUCCGGGGUCCGACAGAUGCGAUUCUAUGGCCAAGCUGGCGGAAGGUGGAUACAAUAAAGUAUUUCGUCUUCAAAUGAAUGAUGGGAAGAUUGUUUUGGCUCGCAUCCCAAAUCCAAAUGCUGGGCCACCUUUCUACACAAUUGUCUCUGAAGUUGCCGCAGUGCAGCUUGUUCCUGUUCCCAAAGUGUAUGAUUGGAGUGCUACUGCAAACAAUCCAGUUGGCUCUGAAUAUAUCAUAAUGGAGGAGGUGGCAGGGACACAGCUUGACCAGGUCUGGAAAGAAUUGACACCCGAUUCAAAACUCGCUAUCAUGAAGGAAAUCGUUUCGAUUGAGCUUAGACUAUCCUCAAUAUCUUUCUCGCAGUAUGUGCCUCUGUUGUAUAUGGGAGCAUCUAACUUUGCCAACGACUCGGUUGAGGGCCCGGUCCUGGCAGAGAUUACCAGUGAUGUGCCCGCCGAGUUGAAGGAAGUAGUGGCCGAGAAAUUCACCAUUGGAUCCUCUCUGACAGGGAAAUUCGCAAAAUUGAAAACAAUCGAGGAUGCUCCUAAUGCCUCCACAGCCCAACGCAGUCCCGAAGCACACAUUCAGUUUCUCAGGAAAUUUCUUGAUGUUGCCCCUUACCUUGUGGACGUCGACAAGCGCUUUCUUCGAUCAUUCGUAUGGCAUGGCGACCUCCAUUCUUCGAACAUCUUCGUUGAUAAUAACCGCAUAGCAUCAGUGAUCGAUUGGCAAAGCGUCUGGGCGGGCCCCCUUUUCCUCCAAGCCAAACCUUCUCCACUCUUGGACUAUUCAGGUGAGAUAUUACUGAAGCGUCCCGCCAAUUUCGACGAUCUCGAUGAUGAGCGUAAAGCCGAGAUCAAGCAGCAGAUCUUCAAGUCAACUCUUCUCCAGCUCUACCUCAUUGAAACCGAGGAGACCAACCCCGAUCUGGCGGAAACUUUCCAUCUUAAUCAUGGAAAAACGCGGCGCUUGCCACUGGAGUAUGUCGGCGAUACGUGGGAUGAUGAUAUUGUGUCUUUCCGGGAGGCACUCAUCAACUUUGAAAGACAUUGGGCGGAAUUGGGGAUCAAGGGAGACUGCCCGAUCCAUUUUACUGAUGCUGAGCUGAGGGAUCAUUUGCGGGAUUCCGAGGGAUGGAACGUGGUCCAGGAUUUCUUCGAAAAGAUCGACGGGCUUGUGCAGAGAGAUGGCUGGACGAGCAAUGAGACCUUUGAUGAAGCGAUUCGAUUCUUUAUUGACUUGAGGAAGACGGGUCUUGAGAACGCGAAAGGUGAGAAAAGAGAAAGGCUGGAAGAGGAGACGCGUUGGGCUGAAUAA